UGCAGCGUUUUCCUCCCCCCCCCCUACAUCCGGGCGCUCCUCGCCCCCGCCGCGCCUGCGCACCCCACCCCAUUCAGUCCGCUCGACCUCUGCCGCUGCAGCCGAGAGGCGGAUUCCAGCGCCGAGGAGGCCCCGGGGACACAGCGCCAGCCCGCAGCCCUCUGCCAUGUUCGCCUGCGUGAAGCUCGCCUCCUCCCCGGCCCUGAUCCGUGCAGGAUCAAGAGUCUUGUACAGACCAAUUUCUGCAUCAGUGUUGUCUAAGCCAGAGGUCAGGACUGGAGAGGGCAGCUCAACACUCAAUGGAGCCCAGAAUGCUGUCUCCCAAGUAGCACUUAGAGAGUUCCAGACUAGUGCUGUCAGCAGGGAUAUUGACACUGCUGCCAAAUUUAUUGGUGCUGGUGCUGCCACAGUAGGAGUGGCUGGUUCUGGUGCUGGUAUCGGAACAGUCUUUGGUAGUCUAAUCAUUGGCUAUGCCAGAAAUCCCUCUCUGAAGCAGCAGCUGUUUUCAUAUGCUAUCCUGGGAUUCGCCCUGUCUGAAGCUAUGGGUCUCUUUUGUCUGAUGGUUGCUUUCUUGAUCCUGUUUGCAAUGUGAAGAGAUCUGCUGCUCGUAAUUUUGGCAUUAGUAAACUACAAAUGUAAUUGUAUGUAUUUUACUGAGGCUCCCAAAAUGUUGGUGUCGUGGAAAUGAACAUUAUUUCCAAAGUCAUUUCAUUAAAGAUAAUAACUUUAA